AUGGCUGCCAUUGCUCAGUCUGCCAUUUCUGGCGCGAUUUGCGCUCCCGCAGUCGCGUCAGUUGAGGUGUCUAGCAGGACCAGCAUUGUCUCCUUCAAUGGCCUGAAGGCGACCUCUCUCCGCCAGUCUGUGAAGGCAUCCCUCUCGCAACGUGUGUCUAAGCGCUCUUGCCGCGUUGUGUGCGAAGCCACCGGCACCGAAGUCGCGGGGCCCGUGACGGAUGCGACGUUCAAGAACCUCGUUCUGGAGAGCAAUGUCCCAGUCCUGAUCGACUUCUGGGCUCCAUGGUGCGGCCCUUGCAGAAUGAUUGCUCCUCUCAUUGAUGAGCUCGCGAAGGAGUAUAACGGAAAGCUGAAGUGCUACAAGCUGAACACCGACGAGAGCCCCAACGUGGCCACAGAGUACGGAAUCCGGAGCAUUCCCACCGUGAUGAUCUUCAAAAAGGGGAAGAAGGUCGACACUGUGAUUGGUGCUGUUCCUAAGUCUACCCUCACAGCCACCAUUGAUAAGUACUUGUAA